GGUGGGGGCCCGCAGCGCUCUUCGGGGAAGUGCACGGGGGGUCACGGCUGCCCGGAGCUCGUGUUCACCGGAACCGAGGGCGAGUGCUGCCAUGGCGACCCCUGCACAGCCCAAGAAAAUCGUGGCUCCUACGGUGUCCCAAAUUAACGCGGAGUUCGUGACCCAGUUGGCUUGUAAAUACUGGGCUCCCCACAUCAAAAAGAAAUCACCUUUUGAUAUAAAAGUCAUUGAAGAUAUAUAUGAGAAAGAAAUUGUUAAAUCAAGGUUUGCCAUCAGAAAGAUAAUGCUUCUGGAAUUUAGCCAAUAUCUUGAAAAUUACCUCUGGAUGAAUUAUUCUCCAGAGGUGUCCAGCAAGGCCUAUUUAAUGUCAAUCUGCUGUAUGGUGAAUGAGAAGUUCAGAGAAAAUGUCCCUGCGUGGGAGACUUUUAAGAAAAAGCCAGACCACUUCCCAUUCUUUUUUAAGUGCAUCUUGAAAGCGGCGUUAGCUGAAACUGAUGGGGAAUUUUCACUUCAUGAACAGACGGUCUUAUUGCUUUUUCUUGAUCAUUGCUUCAAUAGUUUGGAAGUAGACUUGAUCCGGAGUCAAGUUCAGCAGCUUAUCUCCCUUCCAAUGUGGAUGGGUUUGCAACCUAGAGCCGCUUUUGCGCAUUUUCCUGAACUCUAUGAUUUUGCCCUCUCAAAUGUGGCAGAGGUGGAUACUCGGGAAUCCUUGGUCAAGUGUUUCGGACCUCUUAGUUCAAACACACUCCACCAGGUGGCAUCGUACCUCUGCUUGUUGCCAGCCCUUCCUAAAAAUGAAGACACAGCUUUUGAUAAAGAAUUUCUUCUAGAAUUGCUGGUGUCUCGUCACGAGCGACGGAUUUCUCAGAUUCAACAGCUAAACCAGAUGCCUUUGUAUCCGACUGAGAAGAUUAUAUGGGAUGAAAAUAUUGUCCCAACUGAGUACUAUUCUGGGGAAGGUAUGGUAAAGAAAAACAGGAUUCACGUGUAUCAACUGAAAAAAUUAUAUGGGAUGAAAAUAUUGUCCCAACUGAGUACUAUUCUGGGGAAGCCCAACAUCGGUGAGAACUGGCCAACCCGAGUCCGUGCUGACAUUACCAUCAAUCUCAACGUCAGAGACCACAUCAAAGAUGAGUGGGAAGGUAAUCGUAAGCANGAUGUAUGCUUUUUAAUUACUGUGCGUCCCACAAAACCUUACGGCACUAAAUUUGACCGGAGGAGACCUUUUAUUGAGCAGGUUGGCCUGGUUUACGUCAGAGGCUGUGAAAUCCAGGGCAUGCUGGACGAUAAAGGACGUGUCAUUGAAGAUGGACCCGAACCCAGACCUAAUCUUAGAGGAGAAUCAAGGACUUUCAGAGUGUUUUUGGAUCCAAACCAGUAUCAGCAAGAUAUGACCAAUACUAUACAAAGUGGAGCAGGAGGUUUUUUUUGAACUUUUCAUUUUAUUAUUGGGGGGGAACCCAAGGGAAAUUACUUUUAGGCUGUGCUGGAGACUAUUCGGCACUUGAUGAAUACGGACUGCGUGGUACCUGACUGGCUGCACGACAUCAUCCUAGGUUACGGGGAUCCAAGCAGUGCACAUUAUUCCAAAAUGCCCAAUCAGAUUGCCACCCUCGAUUUCAAUGAUACCUUUCUCUCUGUUGAGCAUUUAAAAGCCAGCUUUCCAGGUCAUAAUGUUAAAGUAACUGUGGAUGACCCAGCUCUGCAGAUACCCCCUUUCAGGAUAACUUUCCCAGUAAGAAGUGGAAAAGGAAAAAAAAGGAAGGAUGCAGAUGGGGAAGAUGAAGACACUGAAGAGGCAAAAACCUUAAUUGUUGAACCUCACGUUAUUCCUAAUAGGGGGCCUUAUCCUUACAACCAACCAAAACGUAAUACGAUUCAGUUCACUCAUACUCAGAUAGAGGCUAUCCGUGCUGGAAUGCAGCCUGGGCUGACUAUGGUUGUAGGCCCACCUGGUACAGGAAAAACGGAUGUGGCAGUCCAGAUCAUAUCCAACAUCUACCACAAUUUCCCGGAGCAGAGGACUUUAAUUGUCACUCACUCCAAUCAGGCCCUGAACCAGUUGUUUGAGAAAAUCAUGGCUUUAGACAUUGAUGAACGCCAUCUCCUGCGUCUUGGUCACGGGGAAGAAGAACUGGAGACGGAGAAGGAUUUCAGCAGGUAUGGACGAGUUAAUUAUGUCCUGGCUCGAAGAAUAGAGCUUUUAGAGGAAGUGAAAAGAUUGCAGAAGAGCCUGGGGGUUCCAGGAGAUGCCUCGUAUACUUGUGAAACUGCUGGCUAUUUCUUCUUGUAUCAGGUAAUGUCUCGUUGGGAAGAGUAUAUCAGCAAAGUGAAGAAUAAAGGUAAUCCUUUGCCAGAUGUCGCGGAAAUCGCCACUUUCUUCCCUUUUCAUGAGUACUUCGCGAAUGCCCCUCAGCCCAUUUUUAAAGGCAGAUCCUAUGAAGAAGACAUGGAAAUUGCUGAGGGAUGUUUCAGGCAUAUUAAGAAAAUUUUUACUCAGCUUGAGGAAUUCAGAGCCUCUGAACUGCUUCGAAGUGGGCUGGACAGAUCUAAAUACCUUCUGGUGAAGGAGGCCAAAGUAAUUGCCAUGACCUGUACUCACGCUGCCUUAAAACGACACGACUUGGUCAAGUUAGGUUUCAAGUAUGACAACAUUUUAAUGGAAGAGGCUGCUCAGAUUCUGGAGAUAGAGACUUUUAUACCUCUUCUUUUACAGAACCCUCAGGACGGGUUUAGCCGGCUGAAACGAUGGAUUAUGAUUGGUGAUCAUCACCAGUUACCUCCAGUCAUUAAGAACAUGGCCUUUCAGAAGUAUUCCAACAUGGAGCAGUCCCUCUUCACGCGCUUCGUCCGCGUUGGCGUUCCGACUGUGGACCUGGAUGCCCAGGGGAGAGCCAGAGCAAGCUUGUGCAACCUCUACAACUGGAGAUACAAGAAUCUAGGAAACUUGCCCCAUGUGCAGCUCUUGCCGGAGUUCAGUACAGCAAAUGCUGGAUUGCUGUAUGACUUCCAGCUCAUUAAUGUGGAAGACUUUCAAGGAGUCGGAGAAUCUGAACCUAAUCCUUACUUUUAUCAGAAUCUGGGAGAGGCGGAAUAUGUAGUAGCACUUUUUAUGUACAUGUGUCUGCUUGGUUACCCUGCUGACAAGAUCAGUAUUCUGACAACAUACAACGGGCAAAAACACCUCAUUCGUGAUAUCAUCAAUAGACGAUGUGGGAGCAAUCCAUUGAUUGGAAGACCAAAUAAGGUGACAACUGUUGACAGAUUCCAAGGUCAACAGAAUGAUUAUAUUCUUCUUUCUCUAGUUCGAACCAGGGCAGUGGGCCACUUGAGGGACGUCCGUCGGCUGGUGGUGGCCAUGUCCAGAGCCAGGCUCGGACUGUACGUCUUUGCCCGAGUCUCCCUCUUCCAGAACUGCUUUGAACUGACGCCAGCCUUCAGCCAGCUCACAGCGCGCCCGCUUCAUCUGCACAUCAUUCCCACAGAGCCUUUCCCAGCUACUCGCAAGAACGGAGAGAGACCGUCCCACGAGGUACAGAUGAUAAAGAAUAUGCCCCAGAUGGCGAACUUUGUAUACAACAUGUACAUGCAUUUGAUACAAACCACACAUCAUUAUCAUCAGACCUUCUUGCAGCUACCUCCUGCUAUGGUAGAAGAAGGUGAGGGAGUUCAGAGUCAGGAAACGGAAUUGGAAACAGAAGAAGAGACCACGCCUGUUCACGGUGACAUCCUACCUGGUUCAGCAGAUGCCAGCUCCAGUCAAGAGAUGUCAGCCUCUGAAACUGAGACCACCCCAGAUUUAGCUGAGACCAUUCCAGGUCCAGCUGAGGCCACCUCCAAUCAUACAGCCAGUUCAGACCCAGAAGCCACACACCCCCAAGCUGAGACCACUGCUGCUGUGGCAGCGUCUGUAACUGCACCGACAAAGGCUCACGCCCCUCAAGAAGCCACCCCCACUCCAGCAGAGACCACUGCUGCUGUGGCAGCGUCUGUAACUGCACCCACAAAGGCUCACGCCCCUCAAGAUGCUACGCCUGCCCCAGCAGAGACCACUGCUGCUGUGGCAGCGUCUGUAACUGCACCCACAAAGGCUGACGCCCCUCAAGAUGCCACGCCUGCCCCAGCAGAGACCAAGGAGCCAAACAGCAACCCUUCUUAGGGAGGACAUUUUAUUUACAGAGGUCUAAGUCAAGUUACUUUUGCAUUUUACAUUUGCUUCUGCCAUUUCCCAUGGCACUAAUUAAAAUCUCCAUUCCUUAUUUUUAUUAACUGA